AUGACGAGUGAAAAUCGACGAAAUUUGCGACCUGAAGAAACAGAAGAAAAUUUAGAAGAUGUUACACUAAUAUGGUUAGAUGAAAAUAUCAAUGAUUCUCUCGAAUCUCGUUAUAAACAAUCAUUAUUUUCAGAAUUAAACAAUUAUAUUCAAUAUUAUACUGAUCCUCGUCUAUGUAUUGACUAUAUUCAAAUUGUUGUUAGUGAAAAAAUACUUCUUAUCGUCUCUCCUUUCUUAUCACGAAAUAUUCUCCCUGUUGUACAUGGUCAACAAUCAAUAAACUCAAUAUUUAUCUUUGGUAAUAAUCGUUGUCAAUAUGAAUCAUUAAUAAGUCAAUAUUCAAAAGUGAUUGACAUAUUUACUGAUCAACAAUUAUUGUUAAAAUCAAUUCGUGAUACUCUUCAUUUGGUAUCAAAACAAUCAUUAGCAUUCAACUUAUUCGAUCAACAAAAACAAAAAUCAACACGUGAUUUAUCUAAGGAUUCGGCUUCAUUUCUAUGGUAUCAGUUACUAUUAGAUAUUUUGAAAAAAAUGCCCCAGACUGAACAAAGUAAAAAUGAUAUGCUUGAAAAAUGUUCUGAUUAUUAUCGAUCAAACAAAUUUCAGCUACGAAAAAUCGAUCAUUUUCGAACAUCAUAUACAGCAGACAGAGCUAUUGAGUGGUAUACAGACGAAUGUUUUCUCUAUAAACUGUUAAACAAAGCUUUACGAACAGAAGAUAUUGAUUUAUUGUAUUUGUUUCGUUUUUAUGUUAUUGAUUUGUGUAAACAAUUAGAAUAUGAAAACGGACUUCUUCAGAAGACAGAUAUGUUAACCUUAUAUCGUGGACAAUUACUAUCGAUACAAGAAUUUGAAAAAUUGAAACAGAGUAUUGGUGUAUUAAUAUCGACAAAUGGAUUUUUUUCAGCAACUAAAGAUAUUAAUAUAGCUUUAGUAUUUAUUUCUGGCACAAGUGAUACAGAUGAAUUGAAACCAGUUUUAUUUGAAAUUCAAGUGGAUUCUAAUCUGAAAACAGUUGUAUUUGCUGAUAUUGAUAAGUACAGUGGAAUGCAAGGCGAAAAAGAAGUUCUGUUCAGCUUAGGAGCCGUGUUCAAAAUUGAUAAUAUAUAUUUUGAUUAUAAUUAUAACUAUUGGAAAAUACAAAUGACAGCAACAGAGGAUGGAUCAAAAUAUACUCAAGAAUAUUUAGAUUUUUCAAGAAAAGAAAUAAAACAUUCAUAA